CUGCACUGCUCCCACUGAAGUGUAUUGUUUGCUGCGAGUAACCGGCCGUGCUGUUAUUCCUGCCCCUUGUGUACCUGAGUGUGCGGGAGCUGUGUGUGUUUGUCUGUGUGUGUCUGUGUGCGGAGAAAUGUACUGUGCCCGCCUGUAUGUGACAGGGCUCCUCCAGUUACAUUAUACGUCUAGCUGUGUGUAUAAUAUGUGAUUCCUAUUCGACACCCGGGCGGGCAGCGCCUUUCCCUGUGAUCACAUCUCCCCGGUAGAGCCAACUGGAUCCUCCCCCAGGCUUGGGCCCGGUCGGUUCAUUGCUUCUCUCUCCCUCUCUCUUAGUCAGGCCUUUGUGUCUCUCCUCCCUUCUUACUUCCCCUGUUCUCUCUCUCUCCCCUGUGCAGCUCCUGUCUGUUCUCUCUCUCCCCUCCCCCCUGGAUCUCGCUGCGUCUUGCUCUCCCUACCUCGUUCUUCUAGCCACUUGCCAGUCUCCCCUAAACCUUCUCCUGGAUUCCCCCCUUAGUUUCUGUCCAGACAUCCUUUAGUAUCCCCCUUAGUACCCCUCUCCCCCAGCCGAUUGCUUAGUUCACUGUCCUGCCCUGCGCACAUCUGUCACCAGUCUCUCUGCUGGGCUUCUGAGCUGACAACUUCACUGUGUCUGCUUCCAUUUCUUCCUCUACUUCUCCAAAAACCCAGAGAAUGAUGAAGUCUCCUCCAGCUCACUGAUGCCUCUGCCUUUGCAAUUCUCCUGCCCUUCCGAUAAUUGUGCCCAACACCCAGUACAGCUGCUAACUGGACCCGUUAGGACCAACCUGUUGUUGAGCCGGGGCCUGACUGAUGUGGGGCUCUGCUAAAUCACCCACUGCUUCUCAGCGAUCAGUUUCAUCUGCCUGGAUACAUUGUGAUUGGCCCUUCUUCAGACAAAUCCUUCCUACAACAUUGCACUACUAGACACCAUUGCACUACUAGACACCAUUGCACUACUAGACACCAUUGCACUACUAGACACCAUUGCACUACUAGACACCAUUGCACUACUAGUUAAAGGGUUCAGGCUUGGAUGAGAAUGUUCCCGGAAGGAAAGGGUUAAGGAGCCAGACACCUGCCUGAAGUCGCCCCAGGUAUUUCCCCAGCAGCCCAUGUAACGUUGGGUCUCCCUCCCAUCUCCAGGCGGUGGCAGGAUGCCAAGUAGACCCCACUAUCAACGCAAAAAUGCAUCGGACGACCAGGAUUAAAAUCACCGAGCUAAACCCACACCUCAUGUGCGUGUUGUGCGGCGGGUACUUUAUAGACGCUGCCACCAUAAUCGAGUGUCUCCAUUCCUUUUGCAAAACCUGCAUCGUUCGAUAUCUGGAGACGAGCAAAUACUGUCCGAUCUGUGAUGUUCAAGUGCACAAAACCAGGCCCCUUCUCAACAUCAGGGCAGACAAAACCCUUCAGGAUAUUGUGUAUAAGCUGGUGCCAGGGCUCUUCAAAGGUGAAAUGAAGAGGAGAAGAGACUUUUAUGCUGCUCAUCCUUCUGUAGAUGCUGCCAAUGGCUCCAACGAGGACAGAGGAGAGGUCGCAGAUGAGGACAAGAGGAUCAUCACAGAUGAUGAGAUCAUUAGCUUGUCCAUCGAGUUCUUUGACCAAAAUAGAGCUGACCGUAAGGGAAGCAAAGACAAGGAGAAAUCCAAGGACGAGGCUAAUGACAAGCGCUAUUUGCGCUGCCCCGCGGCUCUGACCAUCAUGCACCUGAGGAAGUUCUUGAGAAGCAAGAUGGACAUCCCCAGUAAUUUCCAGAUCGAUGUGAUGUACGAGGAGGAGCCGCUGAAGGACUAUUACACCUUAAUGGACAUUGCUUAUAUCUACACCUGGAGAAGGAACGGCCCCCUUCCGCUCAAGUACCGAGUGAGACCGACUUGUAAACGGGUGAAGAUAAACCCACACACCGACAGGAUAAACAACACUAGCGGCGACAUGGAAAGUGACUCUGGCAGCGACAAAGCGGGCAGCCUGGGUGGUGGCAUUCCUUCCACUUCCUCUUGUAUGCCCCGCCCCCCUGUGCAGUCCCCGCACCCACACUUCCCCCACAUCUCCAGCACCAUCAAUGGAACCAACUCCAGCAGCAGCCACCAGAAUCCCUUCGCCAACAGAGCGAGGAAAAUCUCAUUAAACGGAGUCUCCGCCAUCUCAUCGGGAUGAACAGCGCCCCCGGCGGAAGGGAGGACUGGCGCCCCGUCUGAUUCCUAGAUCUCUCCAAACCAUUGCAGCUUUAGAUGCUAAUAUGUGUGGCGUUUUGUCCAAAUCGCUUUCUUUGUAGUGAAACCAUAUAUCGCCCGGGAGUGAAUUCAGAGGAUUAUUAUUCUUAUUAUUAUUUGGGGUUACAGUGAAAGACUCUUGAAAGUGUUAUUCAGAUGGAUAACCAAUGAUAUGGCGUGUGGAUGCUGGGAGGAAACUAUUGGAUGUUAUGAGAAUUGGCUUUUAUUGACCUUGGAACUGGCAAUUGUUUGGGCCACUGUGGAUGUACAAAUCGCAGUUACACCAUUGGGUUGCCAAUUAGGAAUGGUCCUGUUGGAUGUACAAGCAGCUCCAGUGGAUAUCUUGCCAUUGCUUGGAUCUCACCAUGUUGCAUUAUGUUGUGUGCCCUCUUGGCUAGCUUGCAGAUGUUGCUUUGCUAUACCCUGGCCUUGUGUUUGGGAGGAUCCAAGACCAAACGGUGGAUUAAACCAUUUGGAGUACAAGGGGGAAUCUCUUGGGAACAGAGCUCUUUUGCUAUUGUGUGUGAACUCCUAGAAAGCGAUCACCUUGUCACAUCCAGCCGAGAGAUACAUAGAGACGCAUCUAUGUAGCCACUUCACUGUGAAUAGCGUUAGCCAUGUUCAUUUCUUAUUUUCUUUUUCUUUUCAUAUUUCGUUUGUCCUGGCACCCAAAGUCAUUUUUUUUUUUACAACCAGUGCACCCAGCACCCCAGCUUGGCAUAUCUGAAAGAAAAUGGAAUUAAUCGAUCAAGUUAUGAAAUAAUCAAAACAACAACAAUAAAGAAACGCGUUUUUUUUUGUUCUCCAGUUUUACAAUCUCUUCGCCUAAAGAAAGCGGGUAUUGCCGUUUAUUUUAGUGACUUGUAUAAAUGAUUCGCUUUUGUAAGAAUCAGUCGGCGUAUUGAACAAUGCCAUAUUGGUAUAUCUGACAGAACAGGAGACAGUAUUGUAUGAUAUAUUUAUAAAUACUAUAAUGAAAAUAUUGGGUUUCAUGCACUCACAAAUGAUUAAGAUUCGUUCAUUUUUUUUUAUUAUCCCUCACAAAAUCUAUUUGGAUUGUCAGUUUGGUAGCACAGCCUUGAGGAGUCCCAGGGGCACAACUCUGCUCAUCAGCAUCCAAUCAGUAUGGUUCCAAGCAAUAAGGGUCCACUUUGUGUUUCUUUGUUUGUUUUUUUAACUCUCAACCCCAGCUUGUUUGGGAAGUACCAACUGUUUGCAGUGUUUAAAAAGAAAAUAUUAAUAUUGCUAGUAUCUGGUAUAAUGAUAAACCCUCAGUUAAUAAUGGGUUUCCCUUCAAGAACAAAAAUGAUCUAAAAGGUUCUUGAUUAGUGCCCCACACAGCUGGGACAGAACUACAUCUCCUAAUAUACCUCGAUAGCCAAUUAGUCAGGGGUACUGGGAGUUGUAGUUGUAGCCACCAGAAGCUCUCAUUCAGCUCCUUGCAUCUUGUCAGAUCGGUCGUUUGACUUGAUCGUUGCAGGGAGUUGCCAAUAGACUGGUUUGGAUCCAGCCUGGUGUCUGCUGAUCAUUUUGGAGGAAUUGUGUGUUACUGUGUCUCAUCAUUUCAUUAUCUCCAGUCUGCAAAUGAAAGAAGCACAAUUAUAUUGCUUUAUUCUUCUCGCUUAUAGUCAUUAAACCGUUACUUUUACAUA